AUGUCUCAUAUAAAAAAUGACUGUAUCAAUUGCAGUGUCAUUAAUCAAAUCUUGAAAUGUCUGAGUUGACGUUGACGAAAAAGUAAGGCUAUUGUGACCUUGUGUAAUGCUGAUAGUGAUAUCUUCUUUCUUAACACCGGUCCUGUUGUCAAAUUUCUUCUCUGAAAUAGUGAGGGCAGUGAGAAAUAAUGCUGAGUUUGGUAUCUAUCUUGUUCAAAGAUAGCAAUUCCUAAAAUAAGUUUAUAUACAAUCGAAGACAUUUGUUAUCGGCCAACACGUGCGUACGAUGACCUACCGCAUGCUUUUCCGACCAGUUUGUCACCUGAUUGCCGCCAGAAACGUAACUAGGGCUUGUUUUGCGAUUCGUCCUUCCCCCACUUUUUAUCUCACACACGUGUCUCCUGCCUCUUGUUCUAGACCGAUAACAGUAACAAGACUUAAUUCGAAUUAUUCUGCAGAACGUCACCAAACUACCAUGGCAACUUUACUGAGCGGUAAAGAGGUUUCAGCGGAGAUCCGCAAUAAAUUGAAAGAAGAUAUUGAAAACUUCCAAGACAAAUAUCCCAAAUUUUUACCUUGCUUAGUUAUAGUCCAGGUUGGAGACCGUGAAGAUUCUAAUGUUUAUAUUAGAAUGAAAGUAAAGAAUUCAGCUGACAUUGGGAUGAAAGCAGAGCACAUCAAAUUACCAAAAUCUUCAACUCAAGCUGAUGUGUUGGCAACAGUUAACAGACUCAAUGAAGACCUUACUGUCCAUGGUAUUAUUGUUCAGCUACCAAUGGAAUCUGAACAUGAAAUUGAUUCUCAUCUUGUCACCAAUUCUAUAAUUCCCUCCAAAGAUGUUGAUGGUUUGCAUUCAGAAAAUGCUGGAAAGUUAGCUGUUGGUGACCUCAGUCACUGUAUUACUCCCUGUACUCCACGGGGAUGUUUAGAAUUAAUCAAAAAAUCAGGGGUGCCAGUUAGUGGUAAAACUGCUGUUGUGCUAGGUCGAAGCAAAAUAGUCGGUGCUCCCAUGUCCAAUUUGUUAUUAUGGAACCAUGCUACUGUCACAGUUUGUCACUCAAAGACUGUUGAUCUGCCAGCUGUGGUGAGAACAGCUGACAUACUUGUGGUUGCUAUAGGAAGACCAGAAUUUGUCAAGUCAGAUUGGAUUAAGCCUGGUGCAGUUGUUGUUGAUUGUGGAAUUAAUUCUAUCCCAGAUGAGACAAAGAAAAGUGGAAAGAGACUUGUUGGUGAUGUUGAUUUUUGUGGAGCUAAAGAAGUUGCCUCUUGGAUUACGCCAGUUCCGGGGGGUGUUGGUCCCAUGACUGUGGCUAUGCUGCUUCAGAACACUGUAGAAAGUGCCAAGAAGUUUGCGCCCAAGCAGUUUGAAAGUUGAAGUUGUUACAAUUACAGUAGUUGUAGUUGUGGAGACACACUUGCACAUGACUGAAUCUAGUAGUAAUUCACUACUUUGUGAAAAAUAAAGUGUUCAAUAUAUUUUGCAUAAAAUUUUUCAUUUAUCUGUUAUUAAAUGUGUUUUGGUAAAAUGA